GGGCAGAGACUAGCUUCCGGUGAAUUUUUUUCACACCUGCGACCACAGUAGAUCGGAAGCAAUCGGAAGGUUGUUCUCUUCAAAUUGAUAUCUCGGUCCACCUAAAGCUGAAAGGGAACACAAAGACACAAACGAGACCAUUGGGAAAGCCAGAAAGAGGUGGUAAUAAAACAGCUGAUGACUUACUGAAAUUACUAAAAGCCAAGAAUAUUCCGCAGUACAUACAUACAUACAUACAGAAUGUUAUGAAACUUUUAUUAAGUGCACAGAGUAAUAUAUUUUUGAUCACUGUUAUAUCAUCGUUAGAAAUAAUAUAAUAACCAUGUCAAAUGUCAUCUAAAUUACUUUUAUGAAUUUCUGUACUUUGAUCUUUGAUUGAAUAUCCAUGGGAAUGAAGUCAUUUAUAAUCGGUCAGUGGUAUCAGAAAAUAAAGGCACAACAAUGAAAAUGUCAAAGGAAAUUCCAUUCUAAUACUAAAACGACAGCAGUAGGAUGUGAAAAUGGAAGUUACUACAGUUGGUGGAAUUCCAGUAGAAUGUCUGUCGGGAGAACUGGCAGGCAUUUGGUCAGGCUGGAAGAAUCUAGGAGAACGUGAAAUUGUGAGAGAAGCUUCCGCAAAAGGUACUCAUAUCAGUCUUGCCUAUAAAUGUCUAGCUUGUCGAAGACAGUGUAGCAUCAAAGAGGCACAAGAAUAUUUUUCCAAAGAAGUUGACAUUUGGGUUAAUGAAUUAUUAAGUAAACAACAAGUUCAUAAAGCUUCUCAUAUUUUAAGGAACAUGGGCAAAAAUUCUAUAGACUACAUAAAUAAAUUUUGUAUAAUGUGCCAAGAACCAAAGCUGCGAGAUUAUUUGGCUGAAUAUUUAGUAAAUAUGAAAGGAUUCCAAGAUGUGCAGAAAGAAGCAUGGGACAUCCUCAAAGUAAUUGGCGUGUAUAAAGAGAAAUUUCACUUGCAAAAUGUGUCCAUCUACAAAAAAUCAAUACAAGAAAUUAUAAAUAUACCAGAAGAUAUAAAAAAUGCCCUUUGCACCGAAUUAUGCUUUAAUGUAUUUGACUUGACCAUUAGUAAGAAGUUACUGGGUCCGGAAGUAUGGAAUUAUUUAUUGCUAAGUAACAGGAUCAAUAUGCUUCAAUUUUGGAUUGACGUGAAUUAUUUACAAAGCAUAACUGACAAAAAAUUACAAGAAUACUCCAAUGAAGAAUGUGAACUGUUUAAGAAUUUAAAAAUUACUGACGAAAUGAUUGAGUCAGUUGAAAGUUCUCGUGCAUCCUAUGUGGGUCGGCAACAGAUUCUUAAUUAUUUGACCAGAUAUGGCGUCUUCAAUAAAAAGGAACGAAUUAGUAUGAAAUUAAUUUUAGCAAGAUUUUUCAACAGUGGGGUAACACCAUCUGAAUUCGAAGAGAUACUAUCUUGUGCUUCGUGUAACCUUGAUAAAUCCACAUUUUCACGAAGAUUAAAUAUCUCAUUAUAUUCUAAACAAUACCUUGAAGAAAAUAAGAUGAGCGAGAUUGACAUGAAAAAUGAAAAAUUAUCAAAUGCACUCAUGCAAAUGUGUACCGCAAACGAUUCCUAUGUUGAUGCUUUAGAGAAGGGAAUUUUAGAAACUGUCUCUUAUAUAUCUGAUGAUUAUGACAAGUUUUUCAAACAAAAUUAUAUAAUUGCGCUAACGCUAGUUUGGUUACAAUACAAAAAGAAAUCUCUUAUAGUCCAAAAUACAGAAGGACUAACCGAAGAAGAAAUUUUGAAGGAUAUUUUUCUAGAUGAAAACGGUUUAGAUUUGAAUAAUUUCUCAUUGUCACAUGAUAUUCUGCAGAAUAUAUUAACUAAUGUGCCAAUUCUGAAACGGUCGAUGAUGAAUGAUUCUUCAGUAAAAAGUAUCACCAUGUAUAAACUAUUGAACGGUUACAAGAACUUGAAUGCAUUGCAGUUAUUUGAAUGGCGUCAGCAGAAACAAGCAAUGCCUAAUUUCGCUAGUGCGUAUCUUGUUAAAAAGUAUGGACACAAGGAAAGAUUAACGUAUAUCAGUUAUAUUAAACAAUGUAGACCUAACGUGGCAGCUAUCAUUCUUCAACAGCAUCAGGAAAAGUCACAAGGAAAAUUAACUUCUAAAAUGAAAUCUCAAGCAGCCUUUGAUGCCCAUAUUUUUGGACUGAGAAAUUUAUCUAAGCCAGAAAUCGCCUGUAGCUGUGUAUCUUUCAUUGAGAUAUUAGGAAUGGAUUCUGAAAGUUUAAGACUUCACAUUACCGUAGCUAAUUACAUUCGAAGUGCCCUUAAUAUUUCUAUAGAGAGCCUUCUAGAGGCAGUCUUGUACCAGUCUGAAAAAGCUUUGAAAUCCGUCUUGUCAUACUUUGAGAAAAGUCUCGUUUCACGCCUUACAAUACUCUUGAUCAAUGAUUCUGCACAGUUCGUUUGUGCUUUACGAAAGUGGGAGAUUCUCGUAAGAUUUGCACAGAUCCAUGGUGCAACGUUACCUGAUGGCUUACUCAAAUUUCUAGCCAAUCACAAUUUUUGGUUUGAAUUUCUUCUGGUUGGACAAAUCUUUGCAUAUCCUGUAGAUCAGAUGAUGAAAACUACUAGAUACUUCCAAGACUCAAACGUGAGAGAUCAUUUAAUGGCGGCUUUGGGUAACCCUCGACUCUUGAAAACAGAGCUGAUAGUUCACGAAAAUCAGAAAUUCAAAUCCAGGGAUCCACGACAGCUACUGUUUCCUAAAAUAGGUCUAAACCAGCCUAAUUCACAAGAUUCACCAAGUUCCAGUUCUGCAACAUUUCCAGAUCUGAACAAAUUUACGGGAUUCAAUUCUACAGAAAGUACCCUUUUAAAUUGCAGCACAUAUGCAUUUACUAACGAUCUAUGGUUUAUUAUCUUAAAAUGUCACCAAAGUCAAGAUCCACCUGGUGCUCUAGUAGUAGAAUCCCGUUUAAAUUCUCUGCCAAUCUUAACAGUUUUGGCUGCAUGUUACGAGCCAUUUUCCGCAAUUUCGUAUUGGUACUCAUGGCUGGUGAUAUCGGUUAAAAAUAAGGAGAUUGAAUCAGAGUACGAACAGUGUAUGGAACAUCAAAUGUGGUCAGCUGAUAAGGUGUUUCACUUAUUUCAAAUUAUGGUCUCCCAUGGAUAUGUUGAUACUCUUAAUCGCAGUUUUCAAAUAUUUAUGCCAGAAAAUCCAUUGCGUCCAUUUUUUGAGUUUCUUACUCAGUGUAUAAAAUUUGGAAAUUUCCGUGAAUCGGAGAAAAGUUUGCUAGACUUUAAGUCCGGCUGUUCCACACUUAAAUGCAAUAAAAUUAUUGAUUGGGAAUGUACAGAUAUGACUUAUUUAAAAAAUGUUUCCUGGAUUGCAUCCGUCGCAGUCAAUUGCAUCGUGGUGGCCUUGGCACAAAGUUUCUGCAGUUCAUACAUGCAAAUUAAAUUUCUCGAGGUGCUGGUAAAGCUGAAUUUUAAUGCUGACCUUCCAGUCGACGCCCCAGAAUUCUCGAAACUUUUGGAAUAUAUCAGAAUUCUUUUCAAAACGGGUAUAACUCUAAAUUUUCUAAACUAUGGUGAUACGAAAGCUCAAUACAAUUACGAGUCCGAAGUUGAAAAAUGUGUCAAUGACUUAAUAAUGGAAGAAAACUAUACGAGUGCUUUGCAACUUUCAACUGUAGCAGGAAAAGAUGUUUCUCGCGUUAUACUUGCACAGUAUCGCAAGGCCUUAAGAGACAUUGACAAAAGUGCCUGUGGGAUACCAGGAUUUUGGGAACGAUGUGCAACUGAUUUUAAAAAAUACAACGUUUGUUUCGAACAAGCAGCAGAAUUUUUUGUCGAGUAUGCUGAGAAGGUUUUAUCUCAUAAAGAACGGUACAAAAUACUACGAUUAGCGCUGGACAAUUUGAGAGGAAACUCAGCGGAUCAGAAAACGAUAGACACGGUAGAAAUGGCAAUGUGGAAAUCGUGUGUACUCGCGGGACCUGAAAAUAUCGAAGUAGAGAAUGAGUAUGGUAUUUUUAAUAAACUAAAGACUGAACUGUUAUGCGGCUUAACUGAUUUACAAAUCACGUGUACUUUGAGCAACGUAGCUGAGGAAACAGCUGUCGAUACUCUGAUAAGCAAAUGGAUCGAUGCGGAUAAAUUGGAUGUUGCAUUAAGGAUUGCAACCUUUUUCAAUUACAAGCACAUGGAUUUGCAAAUAUUGAUGUUAUGUCUAAGCUUAGCUGAGGGAGAGAUCUUGCCCAAUGAACUAACUCUGCAACAAAAGGCGUUAUUAACCGUCAGCAAUAAAAGUAAAUUGCAGAAAUUUGGAACACUUAGGAACCGAGGAUUGCAAAGGCACCAUUCGACGCAGUCACUAAACGUGCUUUCGACGAAAUCAAAUCAUAGCGAGAGUCCUGAAAAAGGGAGUGCUACGACAGCUGUUCACCAAGUUCGACUUGAUUGUACGUUAUUAUUGGAAACGUUAUUGGAAAACCUUCAACAUGGACUGAAUACGGGCACGAGGAUAAUAUUAUGUUAUAGACUUGCUACAUACCUGGGAAAAAGUUACCAAAGCUUAUUAACGUUAGAAAAUCCCACUCAAUUUUUGCAAGAUAUUAUAAAAGGCCACGAUGAACAUAAAUUCGAAAUUGCCCAUGAUAUAAUUGUUGCUUAUCACAUAGAAAACGACGACGUUGCGUAUUUGUUGGCUGAAAGAAUUGUAGCCAUUAUAACGUCGUCAAUUGAAGAUGAGAGCGACGAGUUUAUAGUGUUAAAUAGUUAUCCUUUGGACGUAACACUUAAUGCAUUCAUAGAAUUAUGCAGUGAACCAUCAUUGUUAGGACAAGAGUUGUUGAAAAAGGUUACGAAAAUGUUAGGCCGUUCGUGCGGCGAAAAACGAGACAUUUCAACUUUAAAAAUCGCAGUAGAGAUCUUAAUAAAAUCCCACGAUUGUUUUACGACGUCUUGCAACAUGGAAGGAAUAGCAUCUAUACUACGAAAAUGUCAACAAGUUGCGAAUUCCUUAAAAACGCUUAAACAUUGGAGUUUAUUGGUACGCCUUGUGACCGGAGUUGGUAGAUUUACAGAAAUGCACUAUGUUUUCCAGAUUUUGAAAGACCACUAUCAGUUCGAAUUUCUUUUAGGGAAAGGUCUCGAUAAGGUGCCAGGAUUGAAAAUGGCUCUCCUAGAAUUUGUAAAACGCCAGUGCCCGAAUGACAAAGAUCUCUUUAAUCUGGUUGCGUUACAUUUUCGUCUAUAUUAUGAGAUUGCCAUUAUGUGGGAAAACGAAGCAAAAAAAUUAUUAAAUGAAUUAGUGACCGAAGCCAGGAAAGAAAUGGGAAAAACUUAUUCAUCGCAAACGGAUCUGAAGCUUACGAAAACUGAAAGUAUUCUGAAAAGAUUAAACCUUUUGAUAGCGAAUUUCACACACGCUGCAGAAUACUAUUUACAGGAUAAAAAAUUGAACUUGGCAUGUCGAUGUUCAUAUCAAGCACAAUUGAUAGCUUUACAAGUAUCAUUAUUUGGUGCAGCAUCGCAGGGUCAACUAGUUGCUUGUAUACUAGACCUAACCUCUGAAGAGAUUGAAAGGACCAUUUGUCGUGAUUUAAGCUAUCCCCAAGGACUUAUAAUUGCUCGCGCUUAUAAUCAUCACGUAGACUGGGCAGAAGCAAUUUAUACUCAUUGCGUGAUUAAAGGCGAAAUGCGGUAUUUGAACGAUUUUUUAACAUCGAACAAGCUAACCACAGUAAUGGUCCGAGACUGUGCCCGGAGGUAUCAGUUAGAAAAGGUAAUUACGAAAUCAAUGACAGAAAACAUGGAAGCUCUCGUAUCCCAAUUAGUGGAUAUCGAAUACAAGUACAUGUUAGCUAGCCAGCUGGGAUUUAAAAGGAUCAUUGAAAACAUGCUUGGGAAUGCUGUUAUCUGUGCAUACUUAAAAGACACUGUUUGGGUAAAAGGUUAUGAUGCUACAGAAUUUAUAGGAGAAACAUUCGGUAGUUGAAUGAUUAAAUCCUUCGAUUAUUGAAAAGAGACACAUAUUUAAGAGUUUUUAUAAACGGUGAAUGUAAGACACCAUCGACAAGAAGUUUACGUAUAAAAUUGUUAUUACUGUUGAAAGAGAGUCUAAGAAAUGUGCUAUUUUUAAUAAUUAUUCAUAAAUAAAUUUUCAGUAUUAUGUAUGGAAA